UCCUUCCCCGAAGCUUACUUCAUUAACCUGAGUCCUAACGCUGAAGAGGUCCCACCAGAUGAAGUUUUAGAUCCCACAAACCUUCCCAAAUGAGAAGCCAAGAAGACCUGGUGAAAGUUUCCUCUUCUAUUUCGUGGAGAGAGAUUCAGCUAUAGAAAUAACUUUACUGCCACCUAUCUGAAGCAGGAGAAACCACUGACAGCUUCCAGACCAGGAGGCACCCGCAGGUAGAGGACAGGCGUGGGCUUUAUCGUUGCAGCCCCGCCAUGUGCACCACCAGUGCGUGCGACCUGGAGGAGAUCCCCCUGGAUGAUGAUGAUGCAAACAGCAUCGAAUUCCAAAUCCUGGAGUUCUACGCCAAACACCACGUCUUCAAGAGCACGUCUGCUGUCUUCUCACCAAAGCUGCAGAGGACCAGGAGUCUGUCCCAGAAAGGACUGGGGAACUGGUCAGCAAAUGAGUCGUGGACACAGGUGCCGUGGCCUUGCAGAAGUUCCCGAUCUAGUGAGAAGGCCAUAAGCCUCACCAAGAAAAAGUCCUCUUGGAGAUCUCUCUUUGGAGUAGCAGAGAAAGAUGAAGAUUCAGAGAGCUUGCCUACGAAGAUCCAGGCUCAGGAUAUAAAGCGAUUGGAGUAUGAGGGUGGUCGUCAACAAUGUUCCAGGUCCAUUUCCAACCAGGGACCAACCUUAGAGACCCAAGCUGUGGACACCAAAGUUGCUUCCAUUGCCAACCGAGUGGCUGAAAUUGUUAACUCCUGGCCACCUCCCGAAGAGCACAGCCAGGGAGGAAGCAUCAAGUGUCAAGGGAGGACCCUCCUCUUUGUCUCGGAGGGCCUGAGCUCUCAGCCUCCAGCUGCAAAUGCCAAGAAAGACGGAGAAGACCAAAUCAUAGCCAAGAUCGUUGAGCUGCUGAAAUACUCAGGGGAUCAGAUGGAAAGAGAGCUGAAGAAAGACAAGACUUUGAUGAGCAGCUUCCAGGAGGGUCUGUCCUACACUCUUUUCAAGACCAUCACGGACCAGUUCCUAAGGGGAGUAGAUACCAGAGGAGAAUCAGAGGUCAAAGCUCGAGGCUUUAAGGCUGCUCUGGCCAUUGAUGUCGCCGCCAAGCUCAAUGCCAUUGACAACCACCCCAUGAACAAGGUGCUAGGCUUCGGAGCCAAGUACUUGAGAGAGAACUUCUCGCCGUGGGUGCAGCAGCACGGUGGAUGGGAUAAGGUACUUGGGAUAUCCCCUGAAGAAGUAGACUGAAACAUCAGGAGAUGUGUAAUCCAGGAAACUCAUGGGCCAGCUGUGGUCCUGUGUACAUGGGUCUCAGCAUAGACUCCAGGAGAAAAUGGAAGUGUACGAGGCAGAUGGAACAUUAUUCUCAUGAACCAAGAACAUCAGGAGAGGCCUCGUUUGUGUCCAGCUCGUAGGCGGUAGUAGCAUGGCCUUGCCCUCACCCCGUGUUCUUCAGGCCCUUUACCGAGUGUGUGAGGAAAUCCAGAAAGACAAGGGGCAAUUCUCUCCAUUAGUGAGAACAGACUCUGCCAUCCCGCCUCGGUGGCCAACAUAGAGAAAGUGUGUUAUUCUGACCUCAUGAGGGCGCCAUGAUAAACUGCAUGUGCCUACUCUUUGGUUUCCAGUACUAUUUAUUUUUAUAAACCACACUUGGGAUGGCCUAAUGACAUUGUUGCAAGUCCACCUUUGGGAAGAUGCUGGUAGAUGUUCAUGUUAGUAGACAUAGCUCCAGAGAGACUCAAGUGUAUCGCUAGAUCCACUAGUUUCGGGAAAUACUACAAUGUCUGCCUUUUUGACUCACUUUUCUGGGAGAAUUCUUUGGUGCUUUGAAAAAAAUUCCAUUUGGCAGAACACAAUUACUCCUACUGCCCUCACCUCCCAGUGACCCUGCCUCUGCCUCUCAAGGUCUUUGAGACUUUAUUAUUUUUUCUUAGGGGAAUGUAAUGAUUAGUAGCUGGUAAAAAUAAACACGUGGAAAGACCACUUUCAUGAGAGUGUCUUGUGGUUAAAACAAUAUGUAACAGUACAAAAAUUCCUGUCAGGAUCAAAUGAGUUAAUUUACAUAAAGUGUUUAGAAAAGGGCUCCGAACUUAGUGCCAAGUGUUCACGCACGUCCCCUGCUAUGUGCUGCCCAGAGCUACGCUGGACAUUUUCUCUCCUCUCGAAGCAGUCGCUGGUUGUUUUCCUGAAAGUGAUACUCUUCAAAAUGAGGUCUCUUAGAAAGUAAAAUGUGUCCCAUAGAAAGUGUUUAAGACAUACAACAUUUUAAAACACAAAUUAUAGGGUCUUACAAAUUUCUGGAUCUCUGGCACUCAACUCGGAGCCUGACAUGAAAUAGGUGUUUAAUAAACCUUUGAUGAACAAACAAAUGACUUGAGUUAUUCGGACAUACGUGCAACUUCAAGGGAAAAGUGGAACUUUCCGUUACCGCAUGCUGCACUGCCCAACCCAUCUCAGUUAAAGUGAGUUAUUCUCUGUCUUCCCCCACACAUUUAAGGUCAUAAAUGUUAGGGACAAAGGAGUCUCCUUUUACAAAUGGAGAUACUUGAAGACCAUCUCCUCUCCCACUUUGAUCCAAGCAUUUCAAUCUAUUUGCAGCUCCCCACACGUAUUAUGCAAUCUUAUAGUCCAGAGGCUUGAGAACAAUUUUUUCUCCAUUGUAAGUGCUCUUGCCUGCUGAUCCUCCUUCCCCCGUUUCCCACUAAUUCAUCUGACUCUAGCCCAUCUUCCCCAAUUCACUCGAUUUCCUUCAGGAACCAUUUGUAACCCUCUUGGCCUCCAAGGGGCUACAUUUGGAUGCCUUCCCUCACUAAGAAUGCUCCGUAACACCCUGUAUAUGGACAAUAAAUACACUGUCCUGUAAGAACCAGCCUCUCACACUGGAUUGCAAACCCUUUUGUAAACAAGUAUUAUGGCUAAUUUAAUUCUGCACACGUAAUGUCUGGCAUGUUUUCAGAGUCGCAUCCUAGCCUCACUGCUAUAUACUGUAAAUCAGAAAAAUUGGGGUAUGGCCUAUGGUAUAUGUAGUUCCAAACAGCAAUCCAAGUGUUCCAAUAGCAUCUACAGCUUCCCACUAAAAUGAAUAGUAACUGAAUUUGACCUCCUGCUUAAAACAACUGGAAAAAAAAAAGACAAAAUAUAUGAAAGAAUAGUUUCUAGGACAUUGUGUAUCAGGUAACGAAGAACUGGUCCCUGAGAGAUGAGAACAAAGAGAGGCCUAUGCUUGCCCUAGAAUACUGCAGGUGAAGAAUGCUCAGGCUGUGCUGGAAAGAGGCGAACCCACACAGGGCUGAGCAAUCUCCCUGGACAGAGAAAAUAGAACCUUUGAGUCCAGGAAGGCCAAAGCAGCUAAGGUUUGCAGGGCAAAUAAUGGAGAGAGGAGAACUGCACAAAAAGCUUCAGAGAUCUAGAUAGGUCGCCUCAAAUUUUCAGAGGAAUACUGAACAACCCAUGCAAAUAAAGACAUUACCCAAGGCUUUGAAAAAGAACAUCUGAAAAUAUUAAGGGACCAUUCUCCAAAAUUCACAUAGGUUUGGGAGUAGUGUGUAUUUCCUCUACCCAGAAUGGAAAAACCUCAAAAUUUGUAUAGCAAUAGGUAAAAUAGAAUUUUGCCUCACUAAUGGGGGGGGGAGGGGGAAUUAGCGCUAGACUAACAUACUUCUGGUUCUGCCCAACAAAGGUAAAGAGCAAGAACCAAAAGAGUUAAACUGUUAUCAAGUAACCUAGCCAUCUUCUAGGGAAAAAAAGCCUAAGAAUCUUUAUAGGAUCACAAAAAUAUCCAAUACUUAAUAUCGCCAAAGUCCGGCAUCCAAUAGAAAAAUCAUAGGGAAAAAAAAAUGAGACCAAUGAGAAAAUUCAAAAAAUGACACCAAGUAAAUUAUACAAUGGAUAGAAUUGCUAGAUAAGGACAUUAAAACUAUUAAUAUUCCAUAUGCUCAAUAAGUCAAAGGAAAGACUGAACUUCUGAAGUUCACAUAGAAAUUAUAAAUGAUUUAAAUCAAACUAUUGGAGAAGAAAUGAAAAUAUAGACCAGACUUGAUUAACAGCAACUACUCAUUGUAGGAGAACAGAAAAGUAAACUCAAAGACAAAACAGAAGACUGGAGGAAAAAAGAACAAAGUAAUAGUAAAAUGUGGACUGACUUCUACCAGCCAAUAUAUGUGUAACUGGAAUGAAAAAUUUCCAAAUCUGAUGAAAACUAUAAGCUCAUAAAACCAAGAAACUCAAUGAAUGCUAACCACA